AAAAGUUCCGCAGUGAAAGUGACGUAGGGGCACUUGUUCAUCAAAGGAGGUACCCGGAAAAGGUGAUCCACUAGAGCUUCAUGACUAAAUUAUGUCCCCAGAUGAAAAAUAUUAAUGACAGGCCUCGUCGAAAUGGCUUCCGUUCCGCCAUGGAAGCUCGGUCUAUCAAAUUUAAAUGGAGAUUUUGAGGAGUUUAAUGAAAUAGAUAAAAACCAUUCCGACAGCAACACUCACAUGAACGAAAUGCUUGACAUUCCAACCUGGAAACGAGAAUUGAUGUCAAAGAAAACUAAAAAUGUGAUACACGAAAGUAAGAAAACUUGUGUUUUUGAUUCUUCUUCCAUCUCGCCGCUUAUUGACACAAAUAGUAAUGGUAUUAAAUCCCCAUACGAACCUUCAAAGCCUGAGGAAAAGGUUAAUAAUGUCUAUCCUGUAAAAUCGGAUACAAGUACUAGUAGUGUGAUUUCCUCCAACUCUAAAAUGAGCACAAACACUAAAUCUUAUGAGGAAAAGGAUUAUAAGGAUGAACCAAUAAGAAAUAGUAUUGAAAUAUCACAUCUGAAACACGUUCAUAGUAAUCCAUUUUUUGAGAGACUCGGAGUUGAUCAUCCUCAUGGCCAUAUAUAUAAUGACAGUUUUCAAAGUGACAUGACAAAUGGAAUUACAGGUGAUGACAAUGAUAUGAAUGAAGAAUAUGCUCCAAAUUCAGGUUUUGUUGAUAAAUUGCGUUUAAAAUUUUCCAAAUUAAGAGAGAAGUCUGAGAAGGGUUUCAAAUCAUCGCGACGGUUUGCCAGUUUAGAGAGUUUGGUUGAUGUUGGAAAAUCGAAACAUGAUGUAAAAUCAGCAUUUGAUAAAACUGGUGAUAAAAAUCAAAGGCAGUAUGAAAGAGUUCAAAAAACAACCGACUAUAAUAUUAAAACUAAACUGAGGAGUGCUCCUCAACCUCCAGUGAAUCGGCCACGGGUAUCAAGUACAGGGUCAUCAACAAAUGAUGUUGCAAGUUCAAAAAAUGAUCAACAUGUGUCAUCAGAUUUUAUGAAAGGAAGGGAUGAUAUUGUUAUUAUUGAGCAUGAAGUGCAAGAUAAACCUACAACGGUAAAAAAAAGUAAAGAGAUUCCGGAAGCUGGUAGUGUACAUUCCCUCAAAGACGGGAAAGCAAAAACUGACUUGCCCAAACCUAAUACUGUGAUUACAUUCAGGUCUCUGUUUGAGAAAAGAGUGUUGAAUACUCCAAAACUGCCAGAUUUUUAUGCAUCAAAAUUUAAUUUACCAAAAGGAAAACUGCCACCUAAACCAGCUGUCCCUCCACGAAGGAUCUCUCAAUCAGCAAUUGAAACAGCAUCAAAAGAAGAAAAUGAAUCCAUUCCUAAUGAAAAAAUAGAAAGUGAAAGAGAAAAAGAUAUUUCUACCAAAAAAUCUUCAGACAUGAUUGAGCCAACUCCUGCACAAACUGUGAAAGACUUAUCUCAGUUGUUUAAACAAAAGCCAGAUCGCCCAUUUGAGUCUCCUAAAACAAAAAGAAGGUCUCCAGAAAAGAAAGCAAUAUUUGAUUCAAGUAUUAUUACUCCAGUUAGAAAUGAAGUCAAACAAGAUGAUAUAAUAAUAUCAAAAGAAGAUAAGAAAGAUUUAUCUCCAAGAUUGGGUACCAUUGAUAAGCCUGCUCAUCAAAGAAAGAAACCAGAGAGAGUAAAUAGGCCAAAAAUAUCACCCCAAUCAUCUGUGGAAGAGAAGUCAUAUCAAAUUAAUAAGCCUUUUGUAUCAUCUCAGACUUCAUUAGAAGAAGUGAAUGUCAAGAAAUCAAUUAAGGAGGUAAACCUGACUGCUGAUGACAAAAAACCUGAAGAUUCUACAACGUUAUUCCCCAAAAGAAAACAAAUAUUUGAUUCAUCUUUCAUCACAGAAACUGUCUAUACACCUGUAGCACCACCAAGAGUCAAAAGUCAGAAACCAAAGAAACAAGCACCCAGUAUAGAGGAUGCCGAAAAAAUUAAAACAAUUUCAUCACAAUCACAAACAAAUACAGACAGUAUAAAGCUGAAAGACAGAAAUGAACAAGAAAAGCCUUUCACACCAAGAAAUGUCAUGUCUGUUGAAGAAAUUAAUGAACGAAAUAAACAAAAACAGCUGGAAGCUGAAAAACAUUUGCAGAAAAUUUCACAGAAUUCAGUCAGAGUUGAAAAUAACAGACAGAUUUCAAAUAUACCAAAAGAUGAAGACAACAAAAAUAAUGAUACUCCAACAAGGGGAUUGCCAUCAGUAAUAGCAAAGAGACUUAACAAAACAGACAACAAUGUUAAUUUAGGAAAAGGAAUUAUUCCACUUUCUAGUGCUAAAGACGAAAGUUCUGAAGAAGAAGAGGAACCAAGACUUGUAAAACCAAGUCAUCUGCGUUCAACAAAAUCAUCUUCACCUAAUGUGCCAAAUAAAAACAAUGAAGAAAACAGCUCAGAAACUUUGAAUUUUAAAAAUGUUCUUAAAUCAUCUAAAAACAAUCAAGUGCCACGAACAAACAUAGAUGAUUUAAUAGGUGGAAGAAAGAAUAAAAAGCCAGCAGCUGUGUUCGACUCUAGCAAUAUAGCAGUAUCACCGGCCACCAAUGGUGUUCCUCCAUUAAAUCUGUCAGAUUUAGUCAAUGAUAAACCAUUAGGUCACCCAUAUCAAGAGGGAUACAUUGCAACUAAGAUUGCACCUUGUAAUUAUGUGUUUGAGGGAGCUGGUGUUAAGUUAAAGACCACUCCAUUGAUGAAAAGAAGAAAGGAUAAGGGAAAGAUAAAAUUCCAUGAAGAUCCUAAAAUGCAUGAAUAUCAGUCCGAGGGUGCUGCCCUGCACGAUUACCUUCAACAGAAUCCCCAUGAGGAGGUGGAAGUCCAUAAACAACAGGAGGAAACAACUGUCAUGUCCCUCGGAGGCUCAUUAGGGGAUGAGUCCUCUGAUGAUGUGGAUGAACCUACUACUCCAAGAGAGGAUGGUACUAUUAAAUCUAAUACACCCUUAGGACUCUCAGCUGGCGAACUGACAAAUUACAGAUCUAAAUACCAAACAGAAGAUUUCCAGUUCGGAAUGUCAUUCAGUGAACCUGAGCCUGAACCAAAGAAAGAAGACCUUGAUCUUGAGGAAUACGAGAACAUGGAUUUACAACCAGCGGAUGAGGACAGUACAAUUAACUAUACAGAUUCUAGUAUAUCAGACAUGUUAUUUUAACAUUUUGUUAUUUAUUUAUUUAUUUACUUCAACAUUGUUUUCAUCAGCUCAUGCGGUCUUACCAUUGUCAUUGCUAAACGUCUUUCUGAAAUGUCUCUGUGUGAUGUGUGAAGUAUAAAACAGAUAAUCAGUUCAUUCUGCUGUUGUUUGAUUAACUUUUCUUUUGUUUUACACCUUUUUUUUUUUUAUAUUGUAUGAGCGUAAAUUGAUGCAGCCAUUUUUGUUGAAUUUUGUCAAGUUCACAUGAAAAUUUGGUCCUUAAAAAUGUAUUCAUCGCAAUGACUAAAAAUUUGUAUGAAACAGUGACAUUAGUGAUUUGAUGACUUUAAAAUCUUAUAUGAGGGUCUGGAUGGGGUUUACAGAACAGAGUAUUAUGGGCAAAAAAAUGAGAAUAAAGAUCAAUAAUAAUAAAGAAUAGAGAAAAUAGGCCAAAAAUUAAGACUAGAGAAUGAUGGGGUGCUAAAAUAUAAGGAAUGGAGAAUAAUAGGAAAAAAGAAUAGAGAAAAAUGGUCUAGCAAAUUAAAGAAUACAGAAAUGAAGAUGCUCACCCCACAUCAGGACCUUCUUAUGAUUUUCUUGAUAUUUAUGUGUAAACCAACCAGAAAACUCCUUUAGUAUAUUGAUAUUGCAUUUAAUAAUACUGUUCAGAACCUGUUGUCAAUGAUUGAUUUGAAUAUAUUUUAUUUUUUUGUUUGCUCAGAAAAAGUGCUACGGUGAGCUUGAUAAUGUAUAGGAAAAUUUUCAACUUUUACAAUUACCUCAUUAUAUGAAUAUUAAAAUGACACAAAUAUAUUUUUGAGGCCCUUUUAAAAACUUACUAAAGUUGAUAGUGUUGAAAGUAUUAAGUAUAUUGUAUGAGUUAUAAGUCUUUCUCAAACAAAAUCACACUUCUCCACUAAGAACAUGAACUAAGAAUUCUGGAUCAAUAAAAAUGUUUCCAAAUAACAUGGAAAUGCUAAUAUUUUAAUUUUUAUUUUGUUCAAGAUCCCUUUUUCUGAUGAAUGAUAGUUUUGAAGCAUAAUUUUUAAUAUGACUCCUUGCUGUCAUGGUAUCAGUUGUCAUGAUAGAUGGUUGUCAUGGUAAUUGUUAAAAUGGCUGCUUGUUGUAAUGGUAUUUGUUAUAUUUUUUAUAGAUGUAGAUUUGUUGUGUUUAUAAAUGUUUGUAAAUCUAAUAUAUUGUUUUAUUUUGAUAAAAAAAAGCAUUGUUACGGUAUCACUAUUUUAAGAGAAUAUAAGUAUAUAUAGAAUUAUAAUCUGCAGUGGUUAGCAAAGUUAAGUUUGAUUUAUAAUGUCUCAAUAAGAAAUAUCCAAAGUAUAGGAUAGUGAAAUCAUCAAAAAAGGUAAGCAGGAAAUUAAUGGGGGUUUUAUUUGGAUAGUCAGUCUGAAAAAUCUGGUUUAUCGAAACAACUUUCUCUUUCUUAGAGUGGGGUGGAGUGUAGUGAAAGAGGGUGAUGUACAGAAACUGACAUACAGGAAAUUGACAUCUUAUUUGAUAGCGACUGUUAUUUGAAUAUGACUCAUUUGAUCUUACCAAAGGAUCUGGCAAAAAUCUUAAAAUGGCCUUUAUUGAUCUCUCUGAAUAAUAUUCCAGAUAUUCUCAUUUUUAACAGAAUUAUUAUAUUUUUGAAAGGUCACAUGUGUUCAUUUAGAUGAACUGUUUCUAAGCUUUACUUGUUUACUAUUUGACAGAGAGAAAAUCAAAGACAACCAAAGGCACAUUUAUGUGUAUAAUCAUGUCAUAAUACUGUUAGAAUUUUAUUUAAUUAUAAUACAACUAAAAUUCCAUGAACACCACAAAUUCUUUAAUGUUGUAUUUCCUGUAAAUAAAAUUGUAGUGUUCCUUAAUUCAAACUCAUCAGCAUUUUCUUUAAUUGUUUUAAAAGCAAAACUUAGUAUUACCUAAAACAAGAAUCUUGAUUCAAAGCUCAUUUUAGUAAUAUUUAUGUUGUUGCUAUUGAAUUUUGUCCAAUCUUAGAAUUAACUAGUUUGUUUGGAGCUGGCCUCCAAGUUAGUUAUCAAAGGGAAAUAACUCUAAAUAAUUUGUAACUUUUACAUUCCAUUGUUAAAAAUCCAUGACUCUAGAAAUGUUACAUUAAUGUUUUUACAUUCAGAAUGUAAGCUUAAUGUGAAUUGUAAGGUAAUAAGAUUUAUUAAUAUUGUAAAAAUGUAUGCUUUGGAAACUACUUUUUUUCAUUCCAUGGAAGAUGUAAAAUGGCAAAAACUAUUACUUUGUAUACCUAUUUAUUAAAUACCAUCUGUGCUCAUUUUAUAUUAUAAUGUAUUCCAUUGUUUUUGGUUUAUUUUGAAAAUAAUGACUGCAUAUAUGAUUUUGAUUCCUGUUAACAUCUUAUAAUAACUUUUUACACUUAUUAUAAAAUUGAGAAUGGAAAUGGGGAAUGUGUCAAAGAGACAACAACCCGACCAUAGAGCAGACAACAGCUGAAGGCCACCAAUGGGUCUUCAAUGCAGCGAGAAACUCCCGCACCCGGAGGCGUUAGUUUGUUAAUUUUCAUAAAAAGAGUGUUAGAAUUUUAUCUAUAAUUACUAUGUUAUUUAUAUCAAAACUAUGUUUAUCUUAUCUAUUUUGAACUGUCUCAAAAAAUUUGAACAUUAUACAACAAGUAAAUUACACAUCAUUAUAACUUUCAUGGAUCAAAAGGAAAUUUUUGCUGAUUUACUUUGAUAUGAAUAGAAGAUAUUAUCAUGCUUAUAUUUUGGCUUUGCAUGUAGGUCAGGUGCAAAGCAGUUUCAAAUUCAUAUCCCAAUAUUAUAUUCUUUUUUUCACAUAAAUAUGGUUAAAAGCUUGCAUGCUGGACUUUAAUUUCAAACUAUUAAUGUAAUAUCAGGAAAUUAUCAAUUUAGAUUUGAGACAUAGAGUGAGAAAAAUUUAGAAUGAACACAUUUAGUUGGUUGAUGAAAAAUACUGUACAAGUUUUUUUCAUUCAACUUGUAAAAGUUUAAAACAUUCAUAUUUUAAUUAGCAUAAUUUUUUUUCAUUCAUAUGUAUAAUAUCAUUCAAUUUCAGAAUUGCUUGUUUGAUUUUGAAGGUAUGCAGGGAGACUUAUACAUUUAUCAUAGUAUUAUGAUUUUACUUUUGGUCUCAUUUAAAUUGUACUUGUUGAGUGCAUAACUGGUAGCAUAUGCAUUGAUUUUGAGCUCUAAACAUAAAAAAGCCAUAAAAUGAAUAUGUACAAGACCCACUUGCUCUAAAUAAGACCUCUGUAUCGUAAUUGACUUCUACAUGGAACAGGAUUAAGUACAACAGUAAUGUCAGACUAACUUCAGACACAGAUUCCAAUAAGUUUCAGAUAGCCUUAGCUAUUAUUACCGGAAGCUAUUGGGUUCAGGUUAUGUGAAAAAAAUAAUUAUAAGUCAUUUGCGGUUUAGUAUAAUUUACUAGCAAUUUUAGUCAUAAGAAUUUGUGUAAAAAGAGCCAUACACUCCUUGAAGAUAUAUGCCUAUUGUGUCUUAUCCAUUUGUCAAAUGUUUUCUGAACUAUCAAGCAGAAUAAUUCCAUAUGAACUAGAUGUCUGAUCUAAGAGAAUUAAUAAAGAUCUGUAAUGUUUUGAUGUAAGGUAUUCCAGAUGUAUUAUAUAAUGCUGGAAUAGGGUUUCUGAUCGGAUGAUCAUGCCUGGAUGAAGUUGUUAGUAAAUUAGAAAUCAUAUGUUAAGGGGGCCAUAUAAUCUCUCAGGAAUUAGAUUUAGGAUUUAAUGGUUAAAAUUUUCUGAUUCAGCAAUAUUUAACCAAAAUAAAGAUUGCAAUCCAGCAGGAAUUAAACUUUAAUAGGAUCAUCAUUAUUUAGGUUUCUAAUGAAUCACAAUUUGUGUGAACAUUUUGAGUCAAAGUUCCAAAUUUAAAAAUUAAAACAUUAUUUUUAAAACAAUAUUUAAAAUUAUGUUGUAUAGCUGUGAAAUCAGUACUAAAGUUGUACUAAUUUGUAUUAGUCUAGUCUUCCUGCAUAAAUGUUAAAAUUGUCACAAGAUUUUUUACUUUUUUCCAUCAUGUUAUUUGAAUAAAUUUGUAGUAUAAAACACUAAUGAUUGAAAAUUUAAUUUGAUUUAACACAGGGUAUAUAUGCAAUCAAUACUUAAUUACUAGUAUGCAAUAAUGGAAAUCUAGUGUAAUAUAACAUUCAAUUGUGUAUCAGUGUGCUACACUGUGUAUUAGUGUAUUACAUUGUGCCUCAAUUUAUUACAUUGUUUAUAAGUGUAUUACAAUGUGUAUUGUUGUAAUACAUGUGUAACAGUUUAUAACAUUUCUAUCAUUGUAAUUGCAGGACAUUGAAAAUAUGUGUGUAGUACAUUCUUUAUCAGUUAAUUACAGUGUAUAUAAGUGAUUAAUUCAGUAGCACCAUAUUGUUUUAUGCCUUUGACAUACCAAGUGUAAACAUUUUGUAACUUAACUUUACAUAAUUGUGAUUUUCAUUUUCCAUUCCCCAAAAUGAUAAAUUUAUUUAAAUUUAUUAAAAUACUUCAUUAGAACACUGGUACUCAUUAGUCAUUAACCUUUGUCUACACUCAGUACAAGUUUUAUUGUUUAAUAUUUUGCCAAAUCUUGAUAAGGUUAUCAAAUUGCCUGCAAGACUGACACUGAAUACCUGUAGUAGUUACUAUUAAUUUAGUGCAAAAAUUUUGUUAAAUAAAUUAUGUUCAUUAUUGUUUACUAUGACACAUUAUUGACCAGAAUAACUUUAAUAUAUUAUUAAAUCAGAAUUUGAUGUACAAUUGAGAAACAUUUCUUAGAAUUUACUAUAUUAAGAUUCUCAAAUGACAAUAUUGUAAAAUAUGAAAAAUCAAGAUGUGAUUCAUGGAGAGAAACAAUGCAUUUGUAGGUAUUGAUUUUUAAGUAUUAAAAAGAAUAUAGAAAUCCUCUUAGAUAACCAACUGUCUCAAAAGAAGACUGAUUUAUGUUAGGAAUUGUUAACUUACAGUAAUUUAUUCUAUUUUCUGGAGAAUAGUAGACUUGUAUUAUGGAGUAUAUAUAAUUUGAUCAUAUUCUAUUUCUUUCAUUGUUCAAAUGUAGAUGGUUUUUCAAUUCGGACAGGUUUAUCUCUCAUUCCAAAAGGUGCAGUUGAGAGAUCAUUGUUGUGGUGAAAAGAUAGAACUCACUUUAAAAAAAUGUUCUCAAUGCGACAGCUAGGUUUGUUGCCGAUAUGAAUGAAAAACCUAUCGGUAAAUUAAUAUGAAAAUAGAUAUACAUUUUUGUAGGUUAUUAGUUAAAUUCAACAAUGUAGUCAUGCCUUUCACACUGCUGUUUGGCCAUUGGUAAAAGACUGAAUAAAAAGAAAGAUUUCAGCAUUUCUUCUCUUUCAAGCAUAUUUUAAAGAACCAUGAUGAUGAAAUUAUUUGCAUUGCAUUCCAAAUAUAUAUGUAGUAAAACUUAUCUAUUUUUAUAUAUGGGUUGACAUUAUAAUGUUUUUAAUUGAAGUUGUUUUGGCCAGUUCAGUAGACAAUGAUAUAUUGUGAGUAUUUUUACAGCUUACACUUGCGUUUAAAGUCAGCUUAUAUUCAUUCCAUGAUGCCUUGAUCUUGAUAUUAUUCAAGGUAAAUAAAUUGUAAAAUUAUGUUCAUUUUCAGUCAUUUUUACCCGAUAUAAGAUUUGUUGUACAAGGUUAAUAUAUACAAUGUAACUUGUUUUAAACUCUUUUUAAAAUCAUCUGCAUUCCUGCAAUUUUGAUGACGGAAUUAUGCACAUCUUUGCUAAAUUUGUUAAAUCAUAAUUACAAGUCUUUAUUGUUGAACAUCUUUUACCAGGAUGGUAUAUUUAUUGCUGCCUAGAAAUGCUGGAAUGCAAAUAAUGUGAAAAAGUUUAUUAUUAAAAGGUUUAUAACUAUGUACUAUGUUAAUCUGUUUUAAGGUUUAACUGCUAGAAGUAUAGUUAUAUUUUCUAUUUUGUUUCAAAAAUUUUCCUUUAUUGAAUGAGAGUUAAAUAGGGAGAAAUAUUAUAUGGAAAUGCUUAUAGUUUUCCAAAUUUUUACUGUAUUUACAUUGUUAACAGCUUUGAUUCCAUUAAAUAUAUAUUUUUCUCAAGAAGUACCAAAAAAUACAUUUUUUGUUUGUAUUCUGUGAUUGUCUUUUAAUUAAUUUUCAAUUUUUCUUAUAAUUUAUACAUAACAAACUCAUUUUUUGUUAAGAUAAUCUAUCUUUAUAUUGUAUAUAUUUCAAAUAAAUCGUGCUUAUUCACUUCA